CGAACUUCAUGGCUACACCUUGGUUUCUUCAAGAGUCAAUUCGAACUCCCUUAUCUCCCGUGAAAGAGAUUCCAUGGAGCUCAAAUCUUCUUCCAACAAUAACAUUCUUGAGCAACUGAGAAAUGGGUUCGCUCGAUUCGAGCUUGUUUCUUCCCCUACUGCUUCUAUUUCAGAUUCAAUCUCCUCCAUUUCACUCCCAGCUUCAUUCAUGAGCGCAACGAAGGGAAAUAGCUAUGUGUUCUUCGCCAGAAUCGGUUCCUCGAUGAAUCGAUCUCCUGCAGCGAAAAAGGUUGAGCAGUAUGCUGUGGAUAGAGUUAAAGGAGAUGGGAGAUGUCUGUUUCGAGCAUUGGUGAAAGGAAUGGCCUUUAACAAAGGUGUUACUCUUAACCCCCAACGAGAGAGAGAUGAUGCAGAUGAGUUACGAAUGGCUGUGAAAGAGGUUAUAUGCAAUGAUCCCAAGGAAAAGGAGAAGUACAAAGAAGCUUUAGUGGCUAUUACUGUGGAUGAGUCUCUUAAACGCUAUUGUCAGCGGAUUGGAAGACACGAUUUCUGGGGAGGAGAGUCCGAGCUACUAGUUCUUUCUAAGCUAUGUAAACAGCCUAUCAUUGUCUACAUACCCGAGCACGAGCACGGUAGAGGAGGGUAUGGAUCGGGUUUUAUACCGAUUCAAGAGUAUGGAGGUGAGUUUCGAGGAGGCUGGGGAAAAGGGAAGACAAACAAGAAUGUUGUUAGGCUUCUUUACAGUGGUAAAAACCACUAUGAUUUGCUUCGUUGACCAAAUUUUUAUGCCUCACUCAUUGCCAUUGACUUUAUUGAUAUGAUCAGAGAAAUUGGAAUUUUGUACCCAUAAGUUAAGUGUAUGUGUAUCACGACUUUGAUGGAGCUUUCCGAAAGUUGCUAAAGUUCUUCUCAAUGACCUUAA